AAUCACCCACACGCCUGCCGCGUUGAUGCAGAACCUGCAGUCCCACGCUUCGUGCUCUCUGGAACCGAUCAAGUCUGAGCCAAGCGGUGACGAAAUCACGGAUGCUGCACUGCUCGCGGCCAGAAUUCGAGCGGCUGAGGUCGAGGCGGAGCACAAAGCGCUGGGCGUCGCUCGAGAGGUACAAUUCGGAAUCUCGGAGAUGGUGAAAUCUACAACCAAUCAGAUCAACGACGAGACGCUCAAGGCACAGCGGCGGAAAUGUGCGGGCUUCACGGAAAUUAUCGAAAAGCUCGAUCCUCAUCAAGACAGUGAGAACAUUAAGCUACUCGAAAAUUCGCGGAGUGCUGCGGAGAGCCGUCUGAAGGAAAUGGAGGGGUGGGUGGGCAAGAAGGAUCAGCUGGUGGAAGUGGUCCGCGACCAUCAUGAUUCAUACUCCAAAGCCGUGAUGCGCAUCAGCAAGAGAGUCGUUACAAACAGGAAGCGGGUAGACCAGAUCGCAGUCCUUCUUUCGACAGCGGAGCUCUCUACGCCCUUCACGACUUCACAUGCUUAAGAUCGACCCGAGGAUAAGAUG